AAUGCGACAAAACAGGACAAACACCAAGGGGGAUGAAUACUUUUGCAAGACAGUUCUGUUUUUUUUUUUUUUUUUAAUGAUUAUUCCAUGAAACAAAUGGAUUCUUCAGAAAGAAGUAAUUUAGUGGAAAUUGUUUAAUUUUACGUUGAGUAGUAAUACCUAUAUAAGGCACCUGUGGCACUUUGAUAUAUUUUUAAUCUACGCUUAUGUAUUUAAUCCAUUUGUUUUUUUUAAAUCAUGCUGUUCAGUAGCGUAUUGCUUCGGAAAAGAUUGUGAAAGGCUUUUUAAUACAACCAAGGUUGAUAAUUGGUGAUGGUGAUAUUUUUUUUUUUUCUAAAAUGAUUUAUGAUCAUCUUUUGUGUUUUGCACUUUGCACAAUUGUUGGUUUGUACAUUACAUUGGUGUGAAGAAUGAGCCUUAAUGUCCUGUAAUUAACAGGGUUUCAUUCAGUCACAGGUCUUCUUGCUGAUGCUAAUGUGUAAUAUUGUGAAAGUGUAAUCUGUGAAAAAGACCAUGCACUGAAAUAAAGUGUAACCACUUCCAGCAAGCCAUGGUGUGUUUCUGGUUUAACAGCUGGCCUCUGUUCUGGUGCUUUUAGUCAACGAGAUGCCAUUUUGUCAGCUAGAAUUCUCCGUUUCAUGCUAUUCUCGUGUGCCAAGGUGCUUUGUAAACUCUACAAAAGCAAAGUCAAGAACGAAGAUGUGAAGGCGCUAAAGGAAGACCCCUGCCUUCGUUUGCUCCUUAAAGUCUCGUGACCCUCGUUUCCCCUCCUGAAAACAGCAGCCAUCCUCCUAAUCCUCACCGCCCCACAGAACUUCAUCAUAACAGCAGAGGAAGUCUCUCAGAAAGUAGGCUACAAAGCAUCAGUCUUCUGCAACAGCCGUGUCAAAGAGGAGGUGGGACGUCUGCAUCACCAACCAGGUGGAGCUCAGAGGAGCCACUUCCUGUUACCAGACUGAGCCUGGCGCUUCAAAGAAGAAGUGGUAUCUACCGCACAGCUGUGUACAGAGGUCUUUCAGCAAGACAGUGUUCUCGAGCACCGAAACCUCUGAUCUUGGACCUGACCUCAUUGCGUGUGUGUGGUUAAAAAUACUGAAGGAAAUCCAGUGGCCAGUGAAGAAUAGCUGGGACUCUGAGAUCAGCUGAAGAAGUAUGGGGCUUCAGAAGACUGGUGCUUUGGCGCUACUGAUCUUGAUCAUCUCUCCUGCAGAGGCAUUGGGACUGUACGAUCCCAGAUUCUGCUACAUCCUGGAUGUGUUCCUGUUAAUCUACGGCAUUUUAAUCACCGUACUGUUUCUACGUGAGAAAUGCUGCAAGCCUAAAGGUAAAAUGCAGACGGACUCGACCUACGCCUCUUUAAGCGGACAUCAGUCCACUUACGACGGUUUGAGAGGGAGAGAUCCUGAAACGGGACGGGCCCGUGGGGGUCGCAAGCAGACAGAUGAUGACACGUAUACGCGUCUGAGGGAUAAAACCGAGGACACGUACAAAGAGAUCCAAGUGAAGAAAGAUCGUCGACCCAAUGAUCAGGUUUACCAGGGUCUGAGUACUGCGACUAAGGACACCUACGACUCCCUGCACAUGCAACCUCUGCCUCCUCGUCGCUAAAGCAAUGGUCUAAUCAAUUAUUAUUCAUCCUCAUAUAAAUAACGAUAUUUCCCAUAACCACAUGGCUUCAUUCAACUCUUCACUAUACAGUAGACCCUUUUGGUGUUGGUUGUUUUCACAAGUGUGUCUCGCCAUUGGGGAAAAAUUUUUUACAGCUUUCGUUAUUGUUUACAAUAUUCUUAGUUUGAAUUAUUCAUCUUUCGUUAUAAAAGUAAUCAAGAGGACAUCAGAAAUGACAUUUCAUUUUCCUGUUUUAAACAAACUGCCAUGUUCAGUCUAUUAGUGAGCUGUUUAUGGUCCCUUUAUAUUCAUUGGGUCUCUUAGAAGAAUAACAGCUUUUCAAUCAUUACUGGGGGGAAAAAAAAGCGCUCAAGAUGUAAAGAAGUUUUCUAGCUUCACACUAUUUGGAGACAAACGUUCAUGAGCAUGAUCAUUCCGAUACAAACUAUAAAAAAAACACAGUGUACAUAGUAACGGAUACUUUACAGUGAUGAGUCUUCAGCUCGUAGCUUUUAUUCCUGCUCUCAUACCUGUUCACGUUAUUAUUUGUUUGGAGGUCGACUCCGAGGUGUCUGAUGCUAAAACAUCACUUUAUGACUACUUUCUAUCGUACAUUACUGCAUUUCUCCGGAGUAAUAUAUUUGUAGAAACUUUCUGUAAGUUUUUUUUUUUAAUGUUUAAAAAAAAAAAUCUAAAAAAAAAGUAACCAAUUUGUUACGUCCUUGAUCAACCGUUUAUUUUAUCUGCAUCACUGUAUCUUACAAAAAUCCAACUAAAGGUAAGAUUAGAGCAGCUCAUUUGGAUAUUCAGAAAAAAAUCUGCUUUAAAAAAAAAAAGCAGUUUUUCAAACAGAUGUAAAAAAUUUUUCCCCACUUACAUGUAUAUAGAAAAAGUACAUACGAGGUGAUUUUCUUCCUUUACACACAGGGACUCAUUAAUAAACCUGUUGUGCUGCAGUUUAUUUCUGUAUUUCAUGUCACGUGGUACGAUGUAAAGUGACGUGUUUCAUGUGGUACAUGGUUUUCCAUAUGACUUGGAUAUUGAGCAAAAGCACCAAGAAUGGAAGAAGAAAAAAAAGUUUCCAUCCACCCAAAGCUGAAGUCACCGUCGUCUUUUGUAGAUUUCAGAUUUCUUCGAGCGAUACUGAGAAUGUGUAUUUUCUAUGAAAUUGUUUUUCUUUACAUAUAAAAAGGAUUCGUGUGUCUGUA